AUGUCGGGUGUUGUGCCUUCACAACCUGGCUUUCGGCCAAAUAAUUCCAAUGUGCGACUUGGCGAUUUGGAUUAUAAUUCAACCCUUGAUGAUGUUGGACUCCAAGAGUUUUCCAUACUCAGUUUCAAACGCCAUGACCAUUUUACAUUAGACCGCUACUUCGAUAUUAUGUUAUUGAAAUUGAAUGGCACCGGUACUUUCUCCAAAUAUGUUCUACCUGCCUGCCUACUCACUCCAUCUAUGAUGGAAACAGGACAAUAUUGGGCCGUUGGUUGGGGCCGUAUUGAUGAUACCGAAGUUUUUUCAACACAGCUGCGACGAUUUGAAUUGAAGCAUCAAACGGUCUGUAAUGAGAUUGCAAUUGAAAUGUAUUAUUUGAAACGGGAUCUGCUCGAGCGUAUAAAAUUUUGCGCUGAUGGCAAAACCUACGAUACUUGCAAUGGCGACUCGGGCCCAUUACUCAUACCAUUUCCCCAUAGUCAGGUGGAGUAUCGGUGUAUGUACAUGGUAGCCGGCAUAGUAUCAAAGGGCCAAGAGCAUUGUGGCGUUGAAGAUUUGCCCAGUGUGAUUACGAACGUUACAACAUUUGUGAGAUUUAUUGAAAGUUUCGUUUGGCCCAAAAAAUUAUUACAACAAUAAAUUGAACAAAUGCUAAUACAAUUAAAAGCAUAAAAGAAUAUAUAAGCUCGUGUGAGACAAUUGAA